AUGAACUCAUUCUCGACCGAAGCUUGGACGUUCCUCGCUCUCGGGAUUGUGACCAUCCUCAUCCGAACGUACGCACGAUGGAGGCUGGUUAGAUGGAAAGGCCUCUGGAUCGACGACUACCUGAUGUUACUCGUCAUCAUCCCCUACGCGAUCGAGACUACACUCGCCCAUAUCGUCGCGACCUCGGCACAUGGCUUGGCGAAUAGUGGGAUGACGGACGAGGAGAGAGCAGGUUUGUCUCCCGAUAGCGAUGAGUAUCGUUGGAGGGUGCUGGGAUCCAAAAUCCAGGUCGCAGGUUGGAGCAUGUAUGUGACCGUGCUCUGGAUGAUCAAGGCCGCCUGGUGUGCAUUCUACCUUCGUCUGACUGGUGGAUUGUUUGGGUAUCACACGCGGUUGAUGAUUGGUUUCGUCGCCAUCGUCGUCACCUACCUCGCGGUGCUGUUGUCGAUCCUGUUCGGCUGCACUAAAAUGUCGAAGAAUUGGCAAAUAUACCCAGACCCAGGAAACCUUUGCCAGCCCGCGUUAUCCAAGCUCGACAUCUUCAUGACGAUCACCUUGAAUAUAUCCACCGAUGCGUACCUCGUCUUGACGCCUAUUCCCAUACUCUGGUGUGCCAAGCUGCCAGUCAUCAAGAAGAUCGGACUUAUCGUACUCUUCUCUGGUGCAAUUUUCGUCAUGAUCGCAGGUGUUCUCCGAUGCAUCCUGAUUCUAAUGGUAGGCCGGUACCGGAACCCCGAUUCUACCCCAGCAAUUCACGCUAAACUACGUAUUAACGACCGCCCCGUCUAG